AUGCUUUUCUUGAUUAAAUUCCUCUUUUUUCUAAUUCAAGUGUUCCUUUAAGUGAUUUUAAUAAAAUUCCAUCAUUUCCUUAAAUAUCAUUAAAUUCAAUUUAAACAUUAAGUAAUGAAAUAAUUAAAGAAAUUAAACCUAUUUUCAAUGUAAUUAUUUAUUUAUUUAAUAAUUAUAGAAUUAAUUAAAAUAAAUUAAAUAAUAAAAUAAUAUUAAAGGAAUCAUUAAAUAAGACAAUAAUUAUUAAUUUAAUUUAAUCUAAAAUCAUUCAAUUCAAUAAAAUUAAAGGUGUAAUGCAAUAGCUUUUAAUAAAGAUAAUUCUAUUGUAUUAGCUACUUGUGAAAAUGAUAUUAAAGUAUUUGAAUUUAAAUAAGAACAAUUGAGAUAAACUUAAAUUCUAAGUGAACAUAAGGAUUUUGUUACUACUUUAAAUUUCAUGAAGAAAUCUAAUCAAUUUAUUUCUGCAAGUUUUGAUAAAUAGAUUCUAAUAUGGUCUAUGAAUCAUAAUAAUUAAUGGAUUAGGUAAUAGAAAUUGAAUGGAGAUUCUUAUUCAAGUUGUUGUUUAGUAUUGAACAAAAAUGAAGAUCUUAUCAUUUUAGGAUGUAAUGAUAAUACAAUUAAAUUUUGGAUGAAGCAGAAUGAAUGGCUAUGUUCAUAAACUUUUACAGAUCAUACAGGUAAUGUAUGUGGAUUAAGUUUGAAUGAUUAAUAGAAUAAAGUAAUAUCUUGUGGAUAUGAUUAUUUAAUAUUAAUAAUAGAAUAGACAUUAUAAGGUUAUAAAUGGAAUGUAAUAUAAAAGAUAUCAAUUUAAAUGUUUGGUUAUCGAUUAUGCUUCAUCAAUGAUAAUUUAUUCGCAUUUUAAUCUUAUAAUCAAGAUUUAAUGCAUGUUUAUGAGAUGAGUAUUACUAAUAAAUAGUAUAUAAAAACAAAAGAUAUUUCUGUGAAAAGGGGUGGUAAAUGUGCGUUUUUCUUUCCUUAAUAAUAUAUACAUUCAAAAUGUUUACUUGUUAAUAAGAAUGGUUGUUAUGUUAAUUUGAUAAGGAAAAACCAAAAUGGUGAUUUUAUAUCAUUAUAAUCUAUUGAUUAUGGAACUAGUGAUCUAUAUGGAUAAAUGAGUGAAGAUGGAGAGUAUUUGAUUACUUGGGAUGAUAAAUCAAAAUAAAUAUAAAUUAGAAAAUGUCAUUAUGAGUGA